GGCCCUUAGACCUGGCCGCCGCCAUCUUUGUUGGGGGCGCCCAGGCCGGGCAUCUGGAGAUGCCGAAGUCGUGCGCCGCCCGGCAGUGCUGCAAUCGCUACAACAACCGCAGGAAGCAGCUCACCUUUCACCGGUUCCCGUUUAGCCGCCCCGAGCUGCUGAAGGAAUGGGUGCUGAACAUUGGCCGGGGCAACUUCAAACCCAAGCAGCAUACAGUCAUCUGCUCUGAGCACUUUCGCCCUGAAUGCUUCAGUGCUUUUGGGAACCGUAAGAACCUGAAGCACAAUGCUGUGCCCACUGUGUUCGCCUUUCAGGACCCCACACAGCAGGUGAGAGAGAACACAGAUCCUGGCAACAGGGGUGAGAAUGUGAGCUCUGAGGAAGGAAAGGUCUGUUCAGCUGCUCAUUUCUGCCAGGGAUCUGGGGAGCACAACCUGGGGAGUAUGGACACUGCUUUUGAGGUCCUUCAGCUGCUGCCGAAUGCCAGCAACUCUGGGAAGCAGGUACCACAACAGAGACCAGAAGUAACUGAAGACCCUGGUCAACAAGCCAGCCUCUCAGGACUGAGAAAGCCCCCCUCUGCACAGCCAUCUGAUCACAGCUAUGCCCUUUUGGACUUGGAUACUCUAAAAAAAAAGCUCUUCCUCACACUGAAGGAAAACGAAAAGCUCCGAAAGCGCUUGAAGGCUCAGAGGCUAGUGAUGCAGAGGAUGUCCAGCCUCCUCCGUGCCCACAAAGUGGGACAGCUGGGACUCCAGGCCAGGCCACGGCCUGAGCAGCAGAGAAGAGUCCAACAGUCAACUUUGUCCUUAUAGCUUCUGGGAGGAGACAGCAAUUUGAGUUGUGGCCUGCACAUUUCAGUCCUGCUGCCAACACUCGGUGACAGAAGUGUGGGGCCCACCACGGCUUCAGGUGAGGUUCAGUGAGGGGGCAUGACAGUUUAAUCCUAAGGGAGGUGACAGCUCCACCUGGGCAAGCAUCUUUGGAAUCACAGUAUGAGCAGCUGUCCUGGGUUACAGAAUGGCAGACUGCCCCAAUAGGGAAGAAGUGAAUUUUCCUGAGUGGCAGCUGAGUCCAGUGAUGGAUGUGUGCAUGUGGGGUCGCUGCCAUCGCUGCAACUAGGAGUACCAGUGGCCCCGUGUGGCCAGGGCUGUCCUUUGUUCUGAGUGCCUCCUUCAGGGCUUGGUCUGAGUGAACAGCAGAAUAAACUUUUCCUACUCUGCA